AUGAUUUUCAGACAAUUAAAUCUCUUUAAGAAACUACAUCAAACACCAACAAUUGAUAAUUUUACAACGCAUACAUUUGCGGAUAUUUUUUGUACUAAUAUUACCUUAGAGGCUGGAAAAUAUAAUAUUUCUUGUUACGGUGCACAAGGAGGCGAUUCCAUGUGGAGGUCCAAAGGAGGUAAAGGUACAAAAAUUGAAGGAAUAUUAACUCUCAGCUCGAAAACCAAUGUUACAAUAAGAGUUGGGAAAAAGGGGAAAUUUUUUGCUGACAAUGAUGGUGGAGGCUUUCCUGACGGGGGAAAUGCUUCCUCAAUGCACGAAAAUUGGGACAGAUGUUUUUGGACAGGUCCUGGAGGUGGAUCUAGCUCGAUCAUGAUUGAUAAUAAACCAAUAUUAGUUGCCGCAGGAGGAUCCGGAGCUCUUGACGAUCAAGAUGGUGCUCCUGGAGGUGAUUUUACCAAUAAUUUUUGGUGCAUCAAUGAAAAUUGCAGUUUGUUUGAGAAACAUCAAGAGUUUACUAAUUGUCCUGCUUAUAUGAAGUCGGAAUCAGGUGAGCCUUUUUUUUCAGGUUCGGGAGGCGGUUAUAAGUGCGGCAAAAUAGUAAUAGAGAAAGAUGGACAUUAUAACGCUUCGUAUGGAAGGCUGAGUUUCUAUGAUCCUUCUUAUAUUUCUGUAAUGAGAAUAACUUCAAAUAAUAUUGAAGGAAAUGAAGGAAAUGGAACUAUUGCCAUUACCCCAAUACACCAUUCAUUCUUCGCUCCAUGCCGAGGAAAUUGCGUCUACAAUCGUAUGAAGGGCUCAAUAAUAUCUUCAAAAAUCAUCCGAAUGACAAUUCUAUCCAUCAGAUUCCAAACAAGAAAUUCAACAUGA